CAACGUGCUUCGGUGCUUCCUGAGUUUAGAAUAAUCCGAAUAAAGAAAAUAGAAAUAUAAUGUAAGAACUUUACCUUCAGAAUUAGAUAGCAGAAUGCGCAUGGCUAAGGCGGCUGCUGCUUCUUCUUCUUUGGUUUGGUUUCUAUCAGUAGCAGCUCUUAUUCAUACGCGCACGGUAUUAUCCUCUACUGCUUCAAGCCGGUGCUAUAGUGCAAUAUACAGCUUCGGAGAUUCCAUUGCUGACACCGGAAACUUAUACUAUGACACUGAAGACAUAUCACCCUCCACAUAUCUGGUUUUGAACCCUCCAUAUGGAGACACCUUCUUUCAUUUUCCCACUGGAAGAUUUUCUGAUGGCCGUCUUAUCAUCGAUUUCCUUGCUGAGCAGAUUGGGGUUCCAUUGCUAAAACCUUACCUGGGAAUCAAGAAAGGGAAGAUAAAAGAUUGGAACUCAUUGGAGGGAGUGAACUUUGCAGUUGGAGGUGCCACUGCUUUGGAUAUGAGCUUCUUUGCGGAGAAGGGUCUCUAUGACGUUCUUGUUCCCACCAACUAUUCUCUGGGGGUCCAGUUUGAUUGGUUCAUGGACUUGCUUCCUUCUAUCUGUAACUCUUCUUCAGGGUGUAAACAAGUUUUUGGGAGCUCUUUGUUUCUUGUUGGUGAGAUUGGUGGAAAUGAUUUCAACUAUCUUUUCUAUCUAGGCAGGCCUAUAGAAGAAGCCACCACAUAUGUACCACUUGUGAUUAAUAAAAUCUCUUGGGCCAUCAAUAAAUUGAUUGAUUUGGGGGCUCAAACUCUCGUGGUUCCCGGAAACUUCGCUCUCGGAUGCAGCUUUGUCUAUUUGAGAAAUCACUCCAGUACUGAUGUGGAGGAUUAUGAUGAAGCUGGAUGUUUGAAGUCCUAUAACAAUUUUGCUGACUACUAUAACAACCAACUUCUUGCUGAACUAAAUCGGCUUCGAGAGCUUCGCCCCGGUGUUAAUAUCAUCUAUGCAGAUUAUUACCAUGCUUCCCUGCAAUUAUAUCAAUCUCCAACACAAUUUGGAUUCACAAAAUCGAUUCUAUAUUCUUGCUGUCCACUUGAGAAUGCAAACAAUCACAAUCCACCGGCGAAGCACUGUGGUGAGCCGGGGUUGAUUAGUUGUAAUGAUCCAUCCCAGUUCAUAACUUGGGAUGGUGUACACUUAACUGAAGCAGCAUAUAAAUGGGUUGCCAAAGGUUUACUAAAAGGAUCAUUUACUAACCCCAAAAUUGGGAUCUCAUGUGAUUCAGACAUAUGAUAUACUUAAUGUGUACACACAAAUAAUAAAAGCCUGUUCUGUUUUAGCAUGCA